AUGUGGACUGUGUUGAUAGGCAAAUCAAGACACGAAUCGUCGCAGAAUAUCAUAACGGCAAAUCCAUUUUCAAUUCCCGAAUUGGUCGAAAAGGUUUUUAUUCGUCUCGGUGAUAAUAAAGUAUGUAGUUUAUGGGAAAAGGAAGCAAUAUGGAUCCUUCUGAAUUGGGAGGAAGAAUUUUGCUAUGAAGAAAUCCGGCUAAGGCGAAGUGUCUCUGAUACGAUUCGUAAGAACCUUGAUAUUGUGUUAUCAGAUAACUUUGCAUUUGAUUUUGGGGAAGAUGCGAUUUAA